CUGCCCCCUUCCAUCUCGCUGUAGUGAUGAAAGCAGAAGGGUUAACUGGGACAAAUCCGUGGAUGUGACAUAAAACCGUUUGUUAGAGCAGAGUUAUCCUUCUGCUAGUGGGUAGACUGUUGAGCUCGCAGCUAUCUGGUGGUUUAAACGAAGAUAAGAAGCAAUCCGUGUAAGAGGGGAACCGGAGCAAGAGCGACAGAGGGGGGUUCGUCAGUGGCCCGCUGCAGUCUGAAUCACCGGAGACUCAGCCCACCGCUGGAUCAUCAUCGACGUCGUUUGCCCAGUUUUCCUGCGCAUCCUGUCGGAAGAAGAAAGCAAAGGGAAGGGACUGGACCCAAGAUCGCGUUUGACCCUCUGCCGCAGCCCCGAGGUGCGCUGCUUGGCAGAGCAUGCUAAAUAAUGAGCCAAAGGGACACACUGGUUCAUUUGUUCGCCGGAGGAUGUGGUGGCACAGUGGGUGCUAUUUUGACUUGUCCUCUGGAGGUUGUGAAGACCAGGCUGCAGUCCUCCUCCAUCACUCUCUACAUAUCUGAAGUCCAGCUCAGCACCGUCAAUGGAGCCAGCGUGGCCCGCGUCGCUCCGCCAGGGCCUCUGCACUGUCUCAAGUUGAUUCUAGAGAGAGAGGGACCCCGUUCACUCUUCAGAGGACUGGGACCCAACCUUGUAGGUGUGGCGCCCUCGAGGGCAAUCUACUUUGCGGCCUAUUCAACAGCCAAGGAGAAGCUGAAUGGGGUGCUGGAGCCAGACUCUACCCAGGUGCACAUGGUGUCAGCUGGGAUGGCAGGGUUCACCGCCAUUACAGCCACCAAUCCCAUCUGGCUGAUCAAGACCCGUCUGCAGCUGGAAACCAGAAACCGGGGUGAGCGGAGAAUGAAUGCAUUUGAGUGCGUGCGGCGGGUGUACCAGAUGGACGGGCUUCGAGGUUUCUACAGGGGCAUGUCAGCCUCAUACGCUGGCAUCUCUGAAACUGUUAUCCAUUUUGUCAUCUAUGAGAGCAUCAAACGUAAACUGUUGGAGUCCAAGGCCCACGCCAGCAUGGACGAAGAGGACGAGUCUGUCAAAGAUGCCUCAGAUUUUGUGGGCAUGAUGCUCGCUGCAGCCACCUCCAAGACGUGUGCCACCUCCAUCGCCUACCCUCAUGAGGUGAUUCGCACACGACUACGAGAGGAAGGCAGCAAGUAUCGCUCCUUCUUCCAUACGCUACUCACAGUACCCAGGGAGGAGGGAUACCGGGCGCUGUACCGCGGCCUCACCACCCACCUCGUCAGACAGAUCCCCAACACCGCCAUCAUGAUGUGCACCUACGAAGUGGUGGUCUACCUGCUCGGCCGUUAGCCCACCAGGGUCUCAAGGGCUGGAGCGGAUCCCAGCUGACACUGGACGAGAGGCAGCGUGCACCCUGAACACGUCAUCAGUUCAUCACAGAGCUGAGUCACGGAAGCAAACAACCAGUCACGCUCACAUUCACACCUAAUCACCAAUUAUCCUGUAUGUCUUUGGACUGUGGGAGGAAGCCGGAGCACCCGCAGGAGACCUACGCACACACAGGGAAAACGUCCAAAUUCCGUCUUUCUUGCUGUGAGGAGACAGCGCUAACUACUGCAACACCCUGCCGCCUCUAGUGGAUAAGAAGAAGACAAAUCAACAAAAAGUGAAGACAAAAAGAAAGAGAGAAGUCUUUUGUUAGCACAUCAGCAUCAUCACCUCCAGUUCCCUGUAUCAAACUGAUGGAACAGAUAGAGGGCACUACAGUUCACAGUGGAGUGGAGAAAAAGUUUGGCACCUGUUAAAUAAAGGACAACUCUGAAGGAGUUUUAAGCACAAUUCAGUGGCCUUUAUGGAAAGGGUUUCAGUUUGCAUCCUUCUCUUGAAGUGAAGUAAAAUCUCUCACUCUCUGAGAUGAUAUUGUGAAAGGGGGAUGCUCGGAGGCAACUGGACAUGAGAGAAAAGAUAAUAACUAAUUGUACUUCAAUUUCAGUAAUCGAGUAAUCUCUGCGUUGGCACUAUUUGUCUACAUGCUUCGGUGCUGCUGUGAGACUAUUGUGUGAUUAGAUGAGUGGCAGUUGAAGAAUGUUCAUUCAAAGCAGAAUGUCUGAAGGAAGGCGAUAUUUAAAACAAAGACACCAAUCACCUGAACCACCCAUCUGUGCACUACAGAAAGCGUGGCUGCAGUCAGCCCGCUCCCUCCUCGAUGGCCUGAAGUUCAUAAAGAGCAGUGAGCAAACCGUCCACAAGGAAAAAAAAGAAAAAACCACAGUGAUGAGCUUGUGAUGGCCUCUCUCUCAGAAAGUAGCUGGUGUUUAUGCAGAGUGGGUUGUGGGUUGUUUUAGUCCUCUGUAACUCAGCGCCUGGUGGUGACAUGCUUCGGCUGAAGUUGGCCUUCAGUGCUGACAGUUUCUCUUUGUUAAAACUGAAACCCAAUUGGCAUACAAGGCCUGCUUCUGCCAGCACCCGGUCACUGCUCAGGACUUGAAAAUCUUGUGUGAAUACACAAGACCAGUGUGUCCUUGUUGAGAUGUGAAGUGUGUGAUUGUCCAAAAGGUACCAAGACUGAGUAUCUGCCAUUGGAGUGCCACUACUUGAAUAUAAUGUGACAGUGUGGGGAAGUGUUUCAUCAGCACCCCAUCACCUGGUGUGUGUGUGUGUGUGUGUGUGCGUGCGUGUGUGUGUGUGUGUGUGCAUGCACGCACACAUGUGUGUUUGUGAAUCUGCAGUUAUGUGUGCCUGCAUGUAUAAUUAAUUAAUCUUUACUCCAGAUUUCCCUCCACUAACUAUUAAUCUUACAAGACACUGCGGUUGAGAGUGCAGUGAAGCUUCUGUUCGAUACCUGGCAGCUUUCAGUCGCACUCUCCUGCCAGUCCCCUCUUCUAGUGGCUUCCAACUGACCUGAUAACAUGCACUUUUGUGGCCUUUUAGGGCUUGUGCUUUGCAUUUUGUUGUGUUGACAGUUUGAACUUGUACAUUGUAAAAAAAAAAAGAAAUAGUAUUACUGUAUAUCAAAAUGGCAUUUUGCGCAACUGUUCUUAUAGCAGAUAUAUUGUAUAGUUUAGAAUUCUCAUUAGUUGUGAAGGAUGUCCAAAUGGGUGUAAAUAAUAUAGAUACUGUAUAUGCAUAUCAUUUGUCAUUUUUCUCUGAGGUCCAUGUAUGAUCAUGCUGUAGUUUGCAUUUGCAAAUUAUUGCUUUCAUUUCUGUGCAAUUAACCUUGUUUUGACAAGGAGUGUUGACAUAAAUAUUGAUACUGCUUGGCUGGUUUUGCUUACAGUAUAAGUUGUGUGGGGUUUUUUGUGUUUGUUUGGUUUUUUUUUUUUGUAUUUUUAUUUUGCUGUCAUGCAAAAAUUGUGCUUACUUGAAAGCUGACAAUGCUGAAGGACAAAUACUUCUCACGUAAGCAUUUGUGCUGAAGCGUCGGUUAGUCAUUUUACCGCAUUCAGAAAAGGUGUUCCAUUUUGUAAAGUUUGGAUGUUUCCAUUAUUAGUAAUGUUUACACUGUUCUUGACUUGAUGUUGGAUUAUUUUUGGUUCUUUUUGCAAAGCACGUUUUGAAUAUCAAGACUUUUAUGUGACAGUCUAAGAACUGGAAUCAUCUUUCUACCAAACUGUACAGUGUGCCACAGCGAAUUGGGGCUGUUAAAAGCCGAAUCUGAGAGAUUCAGAAAUGAAUAAACUAAUCUGUUACUGGAGAGGGCUGCUGGCAAGAGACAGUAAAUGUACCCUUUUCAGUGAUCCCAACAAAAAAGGUUAAUAUAGUGUACAUAAAGAAUUAACUUUAGGGAAAAUUUGGCACAGAUGUUUUUGCAAAGUUGCACCUUUAUCAAAUUCUUCAUAUAAUAUAUACUUUUAUGUUGUUUAUUUUCAAAACAGCCUGUAAGGUGAGAUUUCAAACUUCCGUUGAGCAGAGAGAAGCCCUCCCUCCACAACAACCCAAACGCUGUGGUCUCAGUGCACACUGGUCUGCUAGCUUUCCAUGUUUAAAAGUAUUGUUAUUUCAAUAAUUACAGAAAAUCUGAUGCAUUCAUGCAUGGUGGAGUUUGUGAACUUUUUCCAUCCUCGUUGCAGUAUCAUUUCAGAGGCAAACGGAGCCCCUUGUUGUACCUUAUAAUAACUAUUGAUUUUCAGUCUCCAUUGACAUGUUGGUAGCCAAUAGUUGCUGUUGGUGCUUAAAAAAUUUGCUGAUUCAUUUUAAACGUCCGUGUUUUCCUGUUAAACACUAAUAGCUUUUCUGCCUUUGGUUCCGUUGCAGUAACACUUGAGGUCAAAUUACCAAAAUGUGACAUGAACAGACAACUGGACAAGCAUUUCACUUUAUUUUUUUACCUCUCACUUCAGUGUCUGUAUGCAAUUCAGUAUGUUCAACCUGAAUGUUUGGACAGGAUGCAGCCUCAAGCAGGGUCGAAUGAAACCUGGAGCAUUGGUCUUUGUCAGCUCAUUCACUGAUGUUUUUGUUUGUUUGUUUGUGUGUUUGUUUGUUUGUUUUUAAACAGAAAAGUCAAUAAAAAUCCACUAGCAACUGAAGCCA